AUGAAAAAACCUGUUUAUAUGAAGGGAGGUCUUCACUGGCUAAGAAAUGACGGAGCUAUCGUAGCUUUCAACCCUGAAACAGAGAAAGCACGACUGAUCUCGAUCAGAUUCCCCAAAGAACUUUGUUCUAAAACGUUGUUCACAGCCGCAGAUAACAAUUUAAUCUUGAUAUCGGCGACGGAAGAAGUCUUUUACGUUUAUGCAGUAGAGAACAUUCUUACUGAUCCCAAGUGGGUCGUCUUGAAGCAAAUCCGGAACGGGGUACUGGACGAGAAGAUGCUAUAUAGUUGGUACCCGGAGGCUUACGAUGGAAAGUGUUUAAUGCUGAGGGAGAUAUUGAAGAAGGACCAUUACAAGCAAGUGCUUCAUGGGUACGACCUGAGAGCUAAUAAGUGGGAAGUCAUAGGUUCGAUUCCAGGGUGGUACACUUCAGCUCUAGACUUUUAUCAGUUUACACCGUCUUUGUCUUCGGUAAUAGGACCUGAUGCCAAGGAGGAGGAAGAAAUAUUGGCUUGUGAUCAUAAAAAAAUCUCCUCUAUAAACUCAAUUAUUAGAAUGCUUGAUGGAAUCUCAUCCUAG